AUGAUAGUCCCUCGGAGGGUUUCCUCAAUACUGAGGCCACGCAAUCUUGUUUGCCAAACACGAAACGCGAGUCAAACAGCGGCAGGGGCCAGGUUGAACAAGCCGAUAGAGUUCAAGAAGAGUCCAAUACUACACCAGUCACAGAACAGCGCCAGAGCUGCCUUCGGUUUAUCGCAAGAUGCACAACUUGAUUGGCAAAACUUGCACGGUGCCAUCAACACUUCUUUACACCAUGCUCUUAAAACCGAUGAGAGUGUCUUGUUAUUCGGUGAAGACGUAGCAUUUGGUGGUGUCUUCAGGUGCUCGAAAGGUCUUACGGACGAAUUUGGCACGAGUAGAGUCUUCAACACUCCCUUAUCCGAGCAGGGCAUUGUAGGCUUCGCAAUAGGCUGUGCGGCUCGAGGCAUGAAACCUAUCGCCGAGAUCCAAUUUGCUGACUACGUCUACCCUGCCUUUGACCAACUUGUCAACGAAGCCGCGAAAUUCCGCUAUCGAGAAGGAGCAACGGGCGGUCACUGUGGCGGCCUUGUUGUCCGCAUGCCAUGCGGCAGUGUCGGCCAUGGUGCUCUUUACCAUUCUCAAAGCCCUGAGUCACUGUUUUCCCAUGUCCCGGGCCUCAGAGUGGUUAUGCCGAGAUCACCAUCUCAGGCUAAAGGUCUGCUAAACUCUUCGAUUCUCCAUUCGAACGACCCAGUUAUAUUCAUGGAGCCUAAAAUACUAUAUCGCGCCGCGGAAGAGUUUGUACCGCGGGAUCCGUAUACCCUCCCGCUAGACAAGGCCGAUGUGCUGAAGGAGGGGAAAGAUCUAACCGUCAUCUCAUAUGGUCAGCCCCUAUACCUUUGUUCUGCGGCCAUCGAGGCGCUUGAGAAGGAUGUCAAAGGUCUCAGCAUCGAAUUGAUCGACCUGAGAGCGAUCUACCCCUGGGACAGAGACACGAUUAUGGAGAGCGUCAACAAGACUGGCCGGGCUGUGGUAGUGCAUGAGAGCAUGUACAACGCUGGUGUUGGAGCAGAAGUCGCUGCUAGCAUCCAAGAGCGUGCCUUUCUCCGAUUGGAAGCUCCGGUAGCCAGAGUAACUGGCUGGAGCGUCCAUGCCGGUCUCAUUUACGAGAAGUUUAAUGUGCCGGAUAUUACGAGAAUCUAUGACACAAUGAAAAAGACACUAGAGUACUGA